AUGGCAUCUUUUCUUGCCAGUAUUUAUGGAACAGAACAAGAUAAAGUAAAUUGUUCUUUUUACUUUAAGAUUGGAGCAUGUAGACAUGGAGAUCGUUGUUCAAGAAAACAUGUAAAACCAUCAUAUUCACAGACUAUUCUUUGUCCAAAUCUCUAUCAAAAUCCAGCACAUGAUCAACAUAAUCAAUUGAAUGAGCAACAAAUUGCACAGCAUUUCGACUCUUUUUAUGAAGAUAUGUACGCGGAAUUCUGCAAAUAUGGAGAACUAGAAAAAGUAGUUGUUUGUGAUAAUGUUGGAGACCACUUAAUUGGAAAUGUUUAUGCACGAUUUAAAUAUGAAGAAGAUGCGCAAAAAGCUGUCGAUUCGCUUAAUUCAAGAUGGUACGCAGCUCGUCCUGUUUAUGCUGAACUGUCACCUGUUACGGAUUUUCGAGAAGCUUGUUGUCGUCAACAUGAAACAUCUGAAUGUAUGAGAGGUGGGUUUUGUAAUUUUAUGCAUUCAAAAAAACCCAGUCCUGCGCUUCUUCGUGAUCUUGAGCUUAGUCAAAGAAAGUACCUUCGUCUACAAGGCAAAGAUCGUAGUCCUACACGAAGCCCAUCACCAAUUAGAAGAGACAGAAGACGAUAA